AUGCUUUUUCCACCAGGAGAUAAGAAAUUGAUCGACCGAAAAACAAAGAGCAGCACGACCGAAACGGAUGCUUCGAAAGAGCACGUUUUGCAACGCGUCGGGCAUUAUCUUGUUCCAUUGCAGGGAAGUCGUCAUCCACUUGGAUGCUACUGGCUGUUGCUGCCCACGAGUGUGGCAUAUAAGAAGACCCAAGAAGGUGCUGCUGCGAGUGUGCAAACCCAAGUGUGUCCCAGGACAAUGCCGGCGUCCCCAAGACUCGCGAUGCCCAAUGGGGCGCGACUGGUGACCGUCCAAGGGAGCUCCCGAGUCUUGGCAGGAGGAAGUCCCGAGCAGAUCUCUGGCAGAUCCCAACCGCACCCGGCAGGCAGAAAAACAAUGUGGAACAGAGAGUCUGCGGGAGAAGGUCUGGCGGCUGGGCCUCGCGAGUCGUGGGCGGAGGACAUUUGGAGGCUCUUGGCAGGUCCACCAGUCCACCAGCAGUGGGCCGGCCGAACGACCAUCGAUAUACUCUUGGAACCUGGAUAG